GUCAAGCUCGUGCUGAUAAACAGCGCGAAUUACUGCCCAAGUAAAUAUUUAAAAUAAAAAUUACAACGAAACUUUUAAAACAUGAAUUUUUUAAACGGAAUUAAAAAUAUUCGGGUGAAUUUUUUUUUUUUAAUUUGCGCAAUAAAUUUGACAAAGUCAUUGGAUUUACAUUCGCUGGAAUCAAUUGACGAAAUAAUAAAUUUUGUUACGGAAACCAGUGAAUAUUUAGAUUUUUAUUUCAUUGAUACCGCCGCCGAAGAAUUGGAUGAUUUAGAAAUAGACGGGACUAAAUAUUACAGUGAAAUUAUUGAAAAAUAUUUUUUAUCGGUACCUCAUGAAAAAGUUACUGACAAAGAAAUAAAUGAUCUUAACAAUCUGAUUAGUAUUGUUGACGGAUUGUGGGAACAAUUUGGACGCGAAGAUUUGGAAGGCUAUAAAAAAAAUAACUUUAGAAGUAUUUCAUUGAAUUCUCUACAACGCAUACUAAACAAUCUUUAUUUAGAUUACGUGGGAAAUACUAAAUUUAGUGAAUUGCCUCGGCGCAUUGGAAAGGAUGAACGUCCUUCAAUGUGCGAAAUAACGAUGAAUGAUCAGGUACGGCUUCGUAAAUUACAUCAAGUCGUUAUUUUAACAGAACUCCGGGGGUUUAUUUUGACGUUAAAAGGAUUAAACGAAGGAGAAUCUCCUGAAAAAGCAGUAGCUCGAGCAAUUAUACAUUCAGAUCAAUAUUUACUGGCAUCGCGAUCUGGUUACGUUUCCACAGCAGAUGUAUUUCGUCGCUGCGAUCCACAAAAACAUAUUCGCGGUGAAACAUUCACCGAAUUUCUGGGACUAUUUCAAGGGAUAAUUGCUAAUCAGAAGCAAAUAAACUCUGGCAGUGAAUGCUCCCAAGCAUGCAGUGUUCCGGAAAAUUCAAGAAUCGACAGAUGCUACGAAAUGUUUUGGAUCCAUAACACAUAUUGUAAUUUGAAGGAAUGCCGAGGUCGAGUUAUCGAUUGUCAACCUAUGGGCGGAAACGUCACAGCCUGCGAACUGGACGAAACGUCAGAUCGACGCAUAGAGUGGGCGGUCGUACACGAAAGAAUAGAGAAGCCGACAUAUGAAGAUCACAUGAUGUUUAUCAGAAGUAUUAGAGUUAAAAGAAGAAAACAAAAGAAAAAGUUGUUGCCGGAUACUUGUAACGGAAAAGUAACGACUUUUGAUGAUAAUGAUGCUGAAUUGACGUAUUGUCAUAAUUGUAGAUGCGUUUGCGUUGAAGAAGACGGAAAAUCCUCGGCUUUGAGAACAAUUAGUUUGAGGCCACAAUUGGCGGAUAUUAAAAAUAAUAUGGUAAUUACCGGAGUAAAGUUUGUGGAAAAAGAUCGACUUAUUCAUAUCCAAAUCGAACAAGCUAAAUUGGACAGGUCUGGUGAUAUUGAACUUGGAACUGAACAAUGGAAAGAACUUGAGGAUUUCGAGUACAGUGACGCCUUUGAGGGAAGUUUUAAACUAAAAAACGGCGGGAAUCAAUCGUUGGUAGAGAAAGAAGAUUAUAUAUUUAUAACUGUUGAUUAUAGAACGAUAAAUAUCGAUUCGCUGCGUACUCCAGAUGGUCAAGUUCUUGUUGGAGUACGUUUAGCUUUUAACCCAGAAACUGAAGCUAUAGAAUUGGAAAUUUUGGGAGCGCCAUUUGAUUAUGAGACGGGCAAGUUGGAGGAGCCAGUUAAUUUUAAUGGACAAGGUCCUUUGAAUUGGAUCACGUGGGAAAAUAAUCCGUAUCCUUCUGGAGACUACAAGGGGGGUUACAGACGAGAAGUAAAGUUGGAUAACUCGGAUGAACCUUUGAAAGGACCAGAUAAAAACAUGCCCUCUCCUUAUUUCAAUCAAAAACUGAAGAUAAGAGCAACAAGUUACGAAUUGGAUUUGGCGCAACACACUAUUCCUUAUUUAGAUAUUCAACCAGUUAUUUAUCCCGGUAUAAAAGUCCCCCUUCGUGGACUGGAUAUAGUACACAGGGCACAAAAAGGCUACGGAGGGUUCCUUGCUUUAAGACUAUGCGCUUACGAUUUUACUGGUCACGUUAAAUAUGAAAUGACCCAAAGUGAUUAUGAUAAAUUUAAAGCUGAUUUUGAUGACGAUAUUUUUGUAAAAAUAAGAAUUAAAUCUGAGUAAACUUUCAUUAAUAAGAAAUUGAAUAAAUAAAUUUAUAACAAACAA